GGCCUUUGAUUGUGCGGGGCGAGGUGGUGAAAGGAGGAGCACCAGAACCAGAAAGUUGGAGACAUAAACAUACAAACCAAAAUAUACAAACUACUCCGUAUAACAAACACGCAGAGAAAGAAGCAUUCCGUGUACUUUGGCUCUAGGUUGGGGAGGCUCUUUGCCUUGUCCGAAAGGUCAGGGUCAAGGCAAGAGGAGACGAAACAGGAACAAGUCCCGUGCAUCUAUGGAAACGUGUUCCACACUGAACCUUCCACUUUCUAUCAAAAUAUCACCAUUUUCAUGACCUUUGACAUUCGCGAUUCUCAAAAUCUGAAUUCGCCUCUAUUCUCUCCCCUUACCUUAAUGGUCUUCUGAGUCCCCUUCCCUUCCCUCAGGGUUUCUUCAUUUCUUAUGCUUCUUUCCCAUCUCCAGGUGUUGUUUGGUAUUGUAAGCCAUGCCGACAUAUACAGCAAUAGCUAUGGAUAGAUUAAUAGAAUCCGGGGGCUCAAAAUCCAUGGCAACUUCAAAGAGCAUUCCUGACUCGAAGUUUGCGAGGAGGAACAGCACUCCUAAUUCAAGUAUUGAUAGGAGCAUGAACGUUUCUACUUCAAAACUAGAAAGAAAAACUGUUGAGUCUAAUGUAAAGUUGGAUGGUACAAAUUGUAAGCCCUCUGUCAUAGUAGAUAGGAAAGACCACUGGACUCAAUUAUCUCCUGCACUAUACACAACUCCCAAGCCAACGCCACUUCCAGAUUCUCCUUCAUCAUUUCCUCCAUCACCCUACAUAAUCAAUCACAAGCGUCGAGGUCCACGGCUUUCAAAGAGUUUCGCCGAAGAUGAUUUCGGCACUCAACAACAAGCUCUAGGUGGAGAGAAGAUAGAUGAGAAUGUAACUGACACGGAGAAGGAGCUUCCCAGUAUAUCUAUUGAUGAUUCUUCCAUUUCUAGGGAGACAGUUAAUUGUGCGAAAGAGGAUAAUUUACUAGUCACUACUGAUAAUCUGGUUAAUGUUGGUGAAAUGAGUGACCUCUGUAAUGGGGAUCUUCUUCACCAAGAUUUGCCUAAUGGUUCAGCUGGGCAAAAUGGUACGUUGAAGUCUGUUGCAUUCAAUUUGCAGAGAGGUGGUGAAGCUGAUGAUUUCUUUGACCCCCAGGAAUCUUUGAGUGUCAAGAGUAAUGGUGAGAGUGAGAAUAAUGGUGGAUUGCAGCGCUCUGUAAGUGCCAUGACUCCGUUGGGAGAAUUUUAUGAUGCGUGGGAAGAACUAUCUUCAGAGAAUGGGCCACAGAUACCUACACAUGAUUUUGAAAAUGAGCUGCGAGAAAUAAGAUUGAGCUUAUUAAUGGAAAUUGAAAAGCGAAAACAUGUAGAAGAAGCUCUAAGUAAUAUGCAAACCCAGUGGCAAAGGAUUCGUGAACGGUUAUCCCUUGUGGGGUUGAACUUCCCUCCAUGUCCUGUUGCUGGAGAUGGAUUGGACAAUGAACGGCUAGAUGAUCAGGUGGAAGAUUUGUUUCAACAAGUCCACAUCGUUCGGUUUGUAUCAGAUUCCAUUGGAAGGGGAAUAGCAAAGGCUGAGGUGGAGACAGAAAUGGAGGCUCAAGUUGAGUCAAAGAACAUUGAGAUGGCUCGACUAUGGGACAAGUUGAAUUAUUACGAAGCUGUAAAUCGAGAGAUGUCACAGAGGAAUCAGGAAGCUCUAGAGACUGCGCGGCGUCUUAGGCAAAUAAGGAAGAGAAGGCAGAAGAAAUGGAUAUGGGGGUCGAUUGCUGCUACAAUUACACUAGGCUCUGGUGUCCUAGCCUGGUCUUACUUUUCUGCUGAAAGAGCGUCAUCUUCUUCAAAUCUGUCUCAUAGUCUUGAGGGUGAUUCCACAUCAGAACUAUGAGUUCUCAAUGAAUAGGUUAAGGCGUGCUUAUUAUACAGGGAAAUAAGGAAGCAGGAGAUCAAUCUUUACUGUCUUGUGAAUAUCUCAUAUAUUCUUUUCCUUUUUAAUACAUAAAGCAUAUUUCUGCUAUUGCACAUGUACAGUUCCUUGAAAAUAAAUAAAGCAUUUGCUCUGGGUUUGUUAGCA